AUGAAUGAGGUAAAGGAGGCUCUAAGAAACAUAGAGCAGAAAUACAAGCUCUUCCUGCAGCAGCAGUUCACCUUUAUUGGAGCACUGCAACACACCCGAGAGAAUGCAUAUGACAGGAUCAGACCCGUGGCAAGCAUCAACCAGGUACAGUGCUACAUGGACCAUCACUGUAACAAUUCCACUGACAGGCGUAUCCUCAGCAUGUUCCUAAACAUCUGCGAUGACCUAAGCAAGCUCUGCAACAAGCUGGAAACUGUGCAUUCUGGUAACAACGUAACCCGUGGCAUUUUGGAGAGAUGCAAGCUGCUCCUUAACCACAACAACGAUCUGAGCGCCAUCCGAGCUAAAUACCCCCAUGACGUUGUGAAUCACCUGAGCUGUCACGAAGCAAAGAAUCGUUAUGGAGGUGUGGUGAGCCUCAUCCCCAUCGUUCUGGACUGCAUGAAGGAGUGGGUAGCGCAUGUUGAGAAGCCGAAUCACCUGAGCUGUCACGAAGCAAAGAAUCAUUAUGGAGGUGUGGUGAGCCUCAUCCCCAUCAUUCUGGACUGCAUGAAGGAGUGGGUAGCGCACGUUGAGAAGCUGCCACAGCACAUGGUGUAUAAUGUGAGUGGUGGAAGUGCUGCAUCUCAGAAGAGAGCACCCCAGGAUGCACCAGCUAGGGCAGCGAUCUCCCAGACACCACCUUCUGCGCCCCUUGAAGCUCAGGCCUCAACUAGUAACAAAGCUAAUAUGCAAGUGCAGGGGAGUAAUCAUGUCCGGAGGAAGCACCUGAAUGACACAGAAAAUCCCAGUGGGAAACUUAAAGGUCCCUGGAAACCACCAGGCAGACGUGCCUUCUAA